AUGAUGAUCAUAAGCGGGGCUUUAAGGGUCUUGUGGCCAGCGGCUGUCUGGAGGACCCUGGCCCCUCCUUGCGGCCUCCACACCUCUACCAGCCAGCUCAACUCCAAUCGCACCUCCAUCGCUUGUAUCCCGAGGGUGAAAUACACCAGGCUCUAUCCAGUCCUGCUGGUCAGACCCGAUGGCUCAACCAUCCACAUUCGCUACAAAGAGCCGAGGCGGAUUCUUAUGAUGCCGGUAGACAUCAACACUCUCUCAGAAGCGGAGCAGAGGGCCCAGCUAAGGAGAAGGGACACUGCCAAGAUUAAAGUGAAAGAGGAAGUCCUGUUUGAAGACGACUUUAAUUUGGACGACUACAGGAAAUUUUGGAAGAAGAAAUGAGGCUCCUUUCGGGAG